UUCGGAAGAAGAUACAAAGGAAGAAAAUGGAGGAGGAGAGGAUUAGCAUAGAACGUGAGGAACAUAGGAGGAAGCAAGAGGAUAUGAGAAAAGAAGCCGAGCGAAUAAGGAAAGUCGAGGCACGAGAGGCACGUCUGGAAGCGAAGAUGGUUAAAUUGGUGAAUCAGCAUACGAAACAUGUGCAUAGCACGACUGCACCGGUGAUAAGAAAGAAGUCGCCUCGGACUAAAGCUCAUAUGCUGAGAGAGAUAUGUAGCUAUAUUGAUGAAUCCGAGGACGAGAGCGAGGAGGUGAGGAGGGAAGCGGGGAGACUCGUGGACGCAAUCGAGAGAAGGAAAGGGAAACAGAAGAAGGGGGAAGAAAGAGCCAUGUUAGCUGCUCGGGUUAAAACGACGAGGACUGCGCCAAUUAUCAUUGAGGAUAUUCCUGAGGAAACGCAUACGCCACCACCGAAGGACAGAGGAGCCGAGGAGGGAAUAUAUGGAGGGAUGCUGGAAUUCGUUUUGGAAUUGCACAUGACAAUGUCCGCGCAGAAAGCACCUGAGCUGCGCAAGAUAUGUAACGAAGAAGGGAUUGAAUGGACAAGGAAAGAUGUGGCGGUGAGUGAGAUAGUUAGAUGCAGGACAAAGUUAGCUUUUGGAGAAGCAAGCGAUUCUGCACACGUGUCACCACUAUCUCGAAGAGGCGAAUGUCCGUGGGCAAGGAAGUGGAUUGGGAUGUUGAGUGGGGAUACGGAGGAUCUGAGAACGAAGGAGGCAGGUGUGUAUGUAUUGGUGAGCCCGUGCUGUAGGCAUACUUAUAUAGACUGCACCUCGAGGAGUUUCAUCUUGCGUUGGACUGAGCACGUGAAAUGCGCAAUUACGGGAAGUGUGGGGAAUGCCCCAAAACUGCAUGCGUGGUUGAGAGUAUUCGGUUGGGAGAAGUACCUCGUACUACCCAUGGUGGUGGGAGUGGAUGAACCGAGGAUAGUAGAAAGAGCGUUGAUUGGGAGGUUCUCUCAGACAUUGAAUACCCAGGGGUGGAACGAGGGAAGAAGGAAGACAAGGAGGAGAAAAGGAAAAAGGGAAAGAGGAAAAAAGCUAGCGGCGGAAAGACAAGGGAGGGUAAUCACGUUCGGAGGGACUGCGUCCCUGAUUACGUUAUUUAAGCGAAUGGGUAGAAAUGGGGAGUUCAAGUCUUAUGGAGGAGAAUUGUGGGCGGAGAAAUGGAAGAUAGUGAAGGGAAAGAUAGGGAAUAGCACACUUGAGAUACACGGGAAGGAGCGAGCUCUUGGCGAGUGCAAGGGUGAGAUUGAGAAAAGAGGAACGUUCAGGGUGGUAAAGAUCCGAAUCAGCUCAACGGGCGUGGUGCACAGGAGGUAUGUACUGCGUGAUCUGCUACGGCAACCGUGGAGGGUGAGGCAAUUGCACAAGAAGAGCGCCGCUGAGCUCAUUGCUUUGUUCAAAACAGCCAGUACGUUUGGGAGGAAGGUGACGCAGAACUUGUUGAAGAUCAGAAUUACGAGAGUUGUCAAGGCAGUGUUUAGCACUGAGAUCAGGAGAAGGCCGUUUGUAAGACUGUCGUUCUCUACCGCAAUCAACCCUCGGGGAGUGAGAGAGCUUGCUACAAAGGCGCUUGGACAAGGGAUACGUGAUCCCUGCCUGGCGAGAUACGUAUCCGCAAGGGUCAGGGUAGUGUUCAGAAGGAGAUAUACGGUAGGGCAACUGAUCCACAACCAGCGCCUGUGUGCAGGAGCUGAAGUGGUCGAAUGUACGUGUACGGGAACGGAUCUUCCACAGUCCGAUGGUCAUGUGAAAGUAAGAUUGGACGAUGUACCUGAGGCUCCAAAUUUUGUGAAGAAUUCGAGGAAUGUGACGUGUGGGGGAGAUAUUUCUGACGACGAGUUGCGGAGAUGCGUGAAGGAAGGAGUGAGAACUUGGGCGAGAGGGACACGAAUGGUUCUUGAUGAGACAGAGGUGGCUGCGUGCUUUAAAGUGAGGGGGGCUCUGGAGGUUCAGGCGAUGACCGUCCAACAGGUAAGGCACUGGUUUCGCGGGAUCGAGCACCUUAUUGCUGUACCAAUAGAUAGAAAUCCCGGAGCUACGUUGAUCGUGUGUCCGGUGUUGUACCUAGAAGCCUGUGAGAAGGUGUUCAAUAGGAGCUCCUACUUCUGUUUAGUACAACGAACCGAGGAAGCAAUUUUGAAAGCAAUGAAGAGUGACUAUGAGGAGAGAGGACUGAAGAGGAUAGGAGAGUGGGGCAAGGGAGGACAAGUGGGGCAGGCAUAUGUCAUUCCGAAGGACAAAGAUUUGGAGAGGUGGCAACCGAUAUCACCGGCGACGAAAGAUCCGGCGCGUCUCGCCGGGUUACGGGUGGGACGAGCAGUACGGUUUAUGCUUCAAGGAAUCGGGGAAAGCAGGCACUUUGAGCUGAGGUGUACCGAUGAUCUACGAGUAAAGUCAGUAGAAAUCGAGAAGAGGUUGAGGAAAGAGGGAGAUUUUGCAGUAGCCCGGAACUAUGAUAUUAAAGAUAUGUUCGCAAGGCUAUCACACGAGAGUGUGAUUGAAGCGGUUAGAUGGAUAAUCAGUUUUCACAGGAAGAGAAAGAGUGUAGGAGUAAGAGUAAGCCAGAGAGUGAGGAUGUGUAUGAUGGCCAGGAAUAGUAAGAAGACAGAAGGUUUUGUUUUCCUGGAUUUUGAUCUAUUGAUGAGUGCCGUACACUACGAGUUGGACAAUACUUUCGUCAAAUGUGCCGGGGAAUUUUUGAGGCAGGUGUUCGGAAUUCCUAUGGGAAGGAAUUCCAGUCCGGCACUAGCAUGUCUGGUAUGUGCCAGGUCGGAAGCCAUAUUUUUGGAGUCCCUGGGCUGUGAUCGAGACAUAAUCCAGAGGAUGAGAAUGAUAGAUAAUGUUGUGGUGAUGGCGGCAUGUGAAGCUAGUAAUGGAAAGUCGGUGAUGUUUGCCGAAUGUAUUCUUGAUCUGUUUGAGAGGUGCUAUGAUGAGAACUUAUGGUUGGUUCGAAGGGAGGAGGGCACAAAUGUGUUUGAUUUUCUGGGAACGCGGAUGAUGGUUGAACCUGCGCCCAUCCGGAUUCACAUUUUCCCCCGAACCAGAAACCAGGAGCAACUUGCCAGACACAGAAGGAUUAGGAUUCAUUUUAUGCAAGACUACCACUCGUACUCAAGGAAGUCCGCAAAGAAAGCCGCAAUAUGUGCUAGCCUGAGCCGGAUUCACCGGUUGUCGACAGAUGAAGAAGCUACCUUGGCAUCCAUCUCGGCGAUCGUAUGGGAAACAAACCUCCGGGGCUACCCCCGGAGGUCUCUCUCGCUGCUUUAGUAAGGUUUGCUAAGCUUGCUGGAGGUCC